AUGAAUAAUAAUAAUCAUUCUAAGAUUCAAUCAGAAAAUACUAUGAAUUCAACAGUGAUUGCUCGUAUCGAAUUUCCAAAUCAACAACCACAGCAAUCGAACGAUGAUAAAUUACAAUUAAAAAAUGCAUGGGGUACUUAUUUCUACAAGGCCGAUAAACAGCGAGAUUGGAAACAAAAUGUGAUCUAUAUAACAUCUAUCAGUUAUAUUGAAGAUUUUUGGUCAUUUUAUACUCAUACAUACGGUCUACGAGAUCUAUCGAAUGGAUCUGAUUAUAUGCUUUUCAAAUCCGGCUGUCUUCCAAUGUGGGAAGAUGUAUCAUCACGUGGUGGUGGCAAAUGGAUUGUUACAAUCGAUCCUAAACGACGUAAACAUGAUCUCGAUGGUUAUUGGCUUCAUUUGAUGUUACUUUUGAUUGGUGACAUGUUUGAUGCUCAUUUGAGUACCUAUAUCAAUGGUGCGAUUGUUUCCUUACGAGUCAAAGGUGAUCGACUUGCUCUAUGGUUAAAAAAGAUUGAUGAUUUAAAUAUAAUUAAAUCGAUUGGAAAUAAAUUCAAAGAUCUACUUAAUAUUCCAGCUGAUAUUCAAAUAAUUUACGAAUAUCAUGAAACGAAAUUCGAUGACUUUAAUAAUGAGAUACGUCUGAUUAUUUAA